AUUCAAUUAUCGUGCAUCAGUAUUAGGGCCCGAUUUAAAUUAUGGCAGACCAAAUAUCCUCGAACACUGAAACAGCCCCUAUUAGAGACUUGUCACCACCUUCGUUGCCCAGGGCCAAACGACGGAAGACGCAGCAAGCAUGUAGUAAUUGCCGGGGCCGGAAGACCAAGUGUGACGGGCAAUAUCCCAUCUGCGCUGCCUGCGAGAGACGAGGGGUAGCCAUGACCUGCAUCUAUGAGCGUGUGCAACCUGCUUCACAUUCACAAAGGUAUGCAGAUCUGGAAAGCCGAUUACACAGAUUGGAGCAAGGCGAGAACGGCGAGCGGUCGAGCGUGUCGUGUGAAACCAGGCCAGUGGAUGUUCGAAGUUUGCAGUCUCCUCGCUUUGGCCCAGAUAUAACCCUGGUAGAUGACGAUUCUUCGCCAUCAAGAAACGCGAGCGGCAUUGCUGGCCACAAAGAUUCUCCUCAUAAUCGUGCCCAUCAGCCAGUCGAUGCUUUGGCCACUGUUAUUUCCGAUGAUAACGGCAAUUGUGUUUAUGGCGAGUCUUCUACUAUCGCCUUCGUACGAGAAUUUACUCAAAAAGAUCCGUCGGAUAGUACUACGGAGCAGAAUAAACAUCACGCUGGCCAGACCGCCCACGAAUGCGCUCGGAUGGAAUCACCUGCUUUGCUUGCUCCGCUUGAUAUAUCUCCAGGAAAUAGAGAUAAUCUUGCUAUUCUCCCUCUUCGAAGCAAUGCAGACGAUUUUCUACGUUGUUAUUUCGAGUUUAUUCAUCCACUCUUUCCGCUACUGCACAAAGGCUCGUUUACUUCACGAUAUAACCGACUAUGGCUCCCCUGCGACAAUUCACGGUCGGGCAAGGAAGAUAUAGUAUUCAUGUGCAAUAUGAAUCUUGUCUUUGCUCUGGGGUGCCAAUUUAGUGACCUAGCUCAUCCAAGUCACAGAGCUUCAGUCGCAAAUGAAUUUUAUAAAAUGUCUCGACAAGUAUUGCUCUAUGAUAUUUUGGGUUCAACCUCGGUGUCUGUGGUACAGUGGCUCCUUUUGAGCGGAGUAUAUCUCCAAUCAACCAGCUAUGCAAGUCACUGCUGGAACUCAAUAGGACUAGCUAUUCGCCUUGCACAAAGUCUGGGACUACAUCUAGAAUACCCGGAAUCGAAAUCGGAAAACCAGCUUAGCCGAGAGAUGAGACGGAGAAUCUGGCAUACCUGUGUUGUUCUGGAUAAACUGCUAGCUAUGACUUUCGGCCGUCCAACUAUGGUUAAUGGAUCUUAUGGUACUCCAAUGCCUUCCUUAAUCGAUGAUGAAUAUCUAUGCACAGAUGGCGAAGGUAUCCAACCGAAAGGAGUGAAUUCGCGAAUGGGUCUAUUUGUGUAUUCUUGCAGGCUCUUCGAAAUUCUGAAGGAUAUAUUAUCAUCGUUUUAUGCGGUCGACGCUUCUUCAGAGCCUAUCUGCGAAUCUCGCUUGCAUAGUAUGGUGUCAGAAGUGCUAAACUUCAACCGCCGCUUAGACGACUUUAUUACUUCAUUACCUAACUACCUUAAGACAGCAAAAAGCUCCCCAGUGAAUAUGUCGGAGAGAAAUAGCUGUACGAAUCUUCAGCAACAAGUCCUUUAUUGCCGAUUCCUGUAUACUAAACUGUUAUCUUUACGACCCUUGCUGCUCGUAGCGAUAAAGCGAGCCCCGAAACAUGCCUCAGUAACAUCGAUAGAGGAAAAUUUAUCAUUACUAGAUGAUCAUAUCAUAAGCCGUUAUUGCGAUCUUUGCAUUAACACAGCGCAUCGCCUAAUUGAGGCAAUUUUUGAUCAUCUUGAUACCGCUUACAAAAGCUUCGGUUGGCAUUCAGUUUAUUUUACAUUUGCCGCUGCUAGUAUUCUACUCGCCUCAUUGAGACUUCCAGAUGUUGGAGUUGAGUCUACGACAACUUUUGAAAUGUCGUGGAAUCGCUCUUUAUCAAUAUUAAACUAUUACAAGGGGAGCAUCCAUACUGCUUCACGUGCGAUACAAGUUUUGGAAGCCCUGCGAUGUCAAACCCAUGAAGCAGAGCCCCAAGAGACUGAAGUCCAUAGCUCCAUCGCAGAUACGCAUGUCAAUAAUGAGCAAAUGAAACCACAAAUAUCUUUGGAAUCUACCAACCAGCUCGACUUCAGCCAGUUCAAUCCAUAUGGAACUUAUAGUCUGUAUGAUGCUUGGUUCGGUCAGCACCUCAUCAACUUAGGUGCCCUAGAUAUGGGUUGAAUGCGCCUUGGAGAGGCUAUAGCGGCUGUUGAGAUUUCAUUGGCCUAUGUUCAGUUUUGGAAUGUAUGAGCAGGUUUCGGAAGUACACGCUAUGCUGAGAUCUUUCCGUGCCACCGGAAAGGAUUUACCGGAAGUUUAUAAAAGUCUUUGAAAGGUAAGGACAGAUGGUUGAAAAUACCGAUAUUGAUCUGUCCUUGGAUAUAUCCCUGAUGAUUGUCCGAUCUACUCUAUACAUGAGCUGUGGAGAGUUAAGUACUUUUAGUCUCCGCCAUUGGUGUUAAAAAUUUUAUGAUAAAAUUUUACCUCAUUG